AUGUUUGCGUUAAAGGUUGCUAUGAUAAUAUUGGCCUGUUACUGCGAGAAGUUGCCCUUGACAGUGAACAUUUCCGGUUACCCUGGUCCUCCAAAUUUUCACGUUGAAGAGCAUCGCAUUGGAGGAGCUGACUACAAGAUUAUCGUUCCUCAACAAGGAACAUAUAUUCAGCGAGUAAUAGAUGAGUAUCAGACAAUAUGGACCAGGACAAAUGCCGAGUGUGCCAAGGUUGUUAUCCUAACUUUGCCGCACUCGAGGGUCCUCUACCUGAGGAUUCUAGAGGGAACAAAUGACCUCAUUUACACCUUUGUCAUGGUCAAUAAUAAAUGGGAGCAUGCCAAGGAAAAUCCGACGAGGACUGGGAUUUUUGAGUACGCCAUCACAUUCCUACAGUAG